AUGACGAGCCCCACGCUCGCGCGCAAGGCCAAGCUCAAGAACCACCUCGUCUCCGCGAAGGCCAAGCUCAGGCAGCACGUCACCCUCCGCCGCAUCGUCCUCGUCGCCGCCGCAUCCGCCGCGGCCUUCAUUCUCCUCCUCACCGUCCGCACCCUCUCCGCCUCGCACGCCAGAUCACCGGGCGCCGCCUCGUCCACCACCUCCCCGCCCGAGGCCGUACGGCGCAACACGCAGCAGCAACAGCAGGGCGGGUGCGCGAAGCUGCCUGGGCCCGUCGCCGAGGCGCUGGUUCACUACGCGACCGCCAACGCGACGCUGCCGCAGACGGCGGCCGAGGUCGCGAUGACCGCGCGCUUGCUGGCGCAGCGCGCUCCGUGCAACCUCCUGGUGUUCGGCGGUCUUGGCCCCGACAGCGCGCUCUGGGCGGCGCUCAACCACGGCGGACGCACCGCCUUCCUCGAGGAGGACGCCGCCCUGAUCACCGAAGUUGGCGCUCGCCACCCGGGCCUCGGCCUCGAGUCCCACCAGGUCGCCUACCAGACCACGCUCGCCGACGCCGACGAGCUCCUCGGCCUCCGCGGCUCCCCGGACUGCACCGCCUCCCCGCCCAAGGAUCAUCCACUCUCGCCGGACCACUUCGAGGGAUCCCCAUGCAAGCUCGCCAUGCGUGGGCUGCCGGCAGCGUUCUACGAGACGGAGUGGGACGUGAUCAUGGUGGACGCGCCGACUGGGUGGGUGCCAGAGGCGCCGGGGAGGGUGGGCGGCGCGAUAUACAUGGCCGGGAUGGCGGCGCGGGCACGGCGGCCGGGGAGUGGCGAGACGGAGGUGUUGGUCCACGACGUGGACAGGACGGUGGAGGACAGCUUCUCCAGGGCGUUCCUGUGCGCAGGCUACCUUGAGGAGGAGGUCGGCAGGCUCAGGCGCUUCGCCAUCCCGAGCCACAGGGAAAAGGAAGGAAUGCCAUUUUGCCCUUGA